AUGAACGGAAUCACCCUUCUCUCAACAAUCUACGAUUCCGUAUACGAAUACCACCGAAGAUCCGUACCACUCCAGAUUCGUGGGGUGAUGCCUUUAACGUUGGAACAGGUUACGGAUGUACUCAGACAUGUUAGCACUAUCGAGGCCGUUAAUGUUUUAUGUGUGGUGGACAGAAAUACUCGGAAAGAUCUCGCGCAGUCGAAGUUCUCUUCAAAUGUGGACGGGUUCGGCCUUCGGAUUACGGUGACAUUGAAAAAGUUCAGAAAAGAACGCCUGGGAGAGGCUGAGGAUAUGUCAGUGGCGGUGGCCACAACAAGCAUUCAACACAACGGCACCGAAAAGAAUUAUCAUUGUUCACCGUUGGUAUACUGUAGUCGAGUUCCGGGAUUUUCGCAAAACAAGCGCUAA